ACAAAUAUUUCACGAACUGUAAAGCUUGAAUGUAUUGUUGUAAUUAUAAAAAUGCUAAUUAAAAGAUUAGAGAGCUUACAGGAGUCUUCAAUUGAUGUAGAUUAUAGUUUACUUUCUAUUUUUAAAUUUGCGAUUCAUUUAUCUUUAGAAAUAGACUGGCUUAUUUCCCCUUUAAAAAACAUUAUGGAUGUUAUUAAUAAAGAAUAUGAUCGUGUAGAAUCUAACUAA